AUGGCAACUGUGGCUAAUGGAUCUCCAGCCAUGAUUGAGGACAAGGGCCACCGCGUCACAGACUACUUUGUGGUGGCCGGACUCACGGACAAGUCCACUCCUCUAGAGCAGGACCUGUCUGAGGCCAAGUCUACGGGGCCCAAAGCUCCCAUCACCGACCUCGCUGUGAUCAAUCGCUCUGCAGGGAAAAUUGGCUAUGAUAAUUUAAGCUGUGAAAGUGUCCUCUACGAAGGCAAAGAGCGGCUGAUCCAGGGCUGUGAGGUGAUCCAGGCCACACCGUACGGACGCUGCGCAAACGUCAACAACAGCUCGGCCACGUCACAGCGGAUCUUCAUCACCUUUCGCCGCGCUCCCCCUGUCCAGCCCCAAAACUCCCUCGCCGUCACUGACAUCUGCAUCAUCGUCACCAGCAAAGGGGAGACUCCGCCCCACACCUUCUGCAAAGUGGACAAGAACCUCAACUGUGGCAUGUGGGGCUCCAAUGUGUUCCUUUGUUACAAGAAGUCUGUGUCCUCGGCCAAUUCAAUCAGUUUUAAAGCUGGUCUGAUCUUCCGAUACCCUGAAGAGGACUACGAAUCGUUCCCUUUGUCAGAGUCAGUUCCUCUCUUUUGUUUGCCGAUGGGCGCCAAGAUUGAGUGUUGGGCUCCAAACACUCGGGACCCUCUCCCAGUGUUCUCUACUUUUGUUUUAACCAAUUCCUCCGGUGAAAAGGUGUAUGGAGCUGCGAUUCAGUUCUAUGAGCCAUACCCAGUGGAUUUGUUGAGUGAAAAGCAGAAGAUCCAGCUGGGCCUCCUCACCACAGUGGAGAAGAAGAUGAUCCCAAACCGAGCGGUCAACACCAACAAGUGCAUCUGCCUUCUCUCCCGGUGGCCCUUCUUCAAAUCCUUUCGCAAGUUCCUUUUGUUCCUGUACAAGCUGUCCUUCUCUGGCCCUCACCCUCUGCCCAUAGAAAAGCACAUUUCUCACUUCAUGCACAAUGUGUCCUUCCCUUCACCUCAGAGACCACGGAUUUUGGUUCAGUUAUCUGCACACGACACGUUGAUCCUUUCCCAGCCAGUGUCUACUCCUUUACCACUGAGUGGAGCAGACUAUGGCACUCUGCUGAUUAAUCUUGGGGCUGAAAACUGUGCCACGCUGUUGCACUUUAUUUUACUGGAGAAUAAGAUCCUUCUGCACUCUCUGCGUCCGGACGUGCUCACCGGCGUCGCGGAGGCUGUGGUUGCUAUGCUAUUUCCGUUUCAGUGGCAGUGUCCCUACAUCCCCCUUUGUCCACUCUCUCUUGCUGGUGUUCUCAAUGCUCCAUUACCUUUUAUCGUGGGUGUGGAUUCUCGCUAUUUUGACCUUUAUGAUCCCCCGCCUGAUGUCGUCUGCGUGGACCUAGACACCAAUACCAUUUACCUAUCUGAUGAGAAGAGACACAGCAACUGGAAAAAUCUCCCUAAAAAGCCCAGCAAGAGUCUGGUGAACUCUCUGAGCAACUUGCACCACCAGCUGGCCACAGUUCCUUUGGAGCUCUGUUUCACUGCCAAAUUUGGCACUAUUAUUAUUGUUCCCAGCCUCAAGCCACCCCCGGAGCUGCUGUAG